AUAAUGUGAGUGCACAAGUUAAAUUUGUGAUUUGUUAAUUAUUUGCGUUCACGAAAAUCUUAAAUAAUACGAAAAUUAUUAGUUUAGAAGUAGACAGAGACUUAAAUUAAUAUUAUUACUAGUUUAUGGAUUGUGAUUUACUGUUGAAAUGAGCCUUUUAUCUAACGCAUUUACAGCAGCUGCCCAUAAGCGGCAUUGCACAGAGGCUCCCGGUCUAAAGUUCUUGACGCAUAAUUUUUGCGCCUUAUCUAUGUAGGGAAGCUAAGAAGGAUUUUUUAACUAAAUCAUAAAGAAAAUGGCUUAUAACGAAAAAGUAAGGAUAACGUAACAAUGCAAUCAACAUACUUAUGUGUAGUAAUAAAAUUAUAGCGUUGUUAUAUGUAUGUACUACAAACUAGCAGAACCAAGGAUAACGUGCCAUAGCAAAAAAGUAUUUGAAUAAUAUCCACUCUUGCUGCAUCUAAUACAAGUGAAUGAGGAUGACCCAUAAACAAAAACGAAACCGACUACCUAAUUUUACGCCUGCUGAAGAAAGUUUUUUACUAUCAUUGGCACAUAAAUACGUUAAUGUAAUUGAAAGUAAACUAACUGAUGCGCAGAUUUGGGAGGAGAAAAGAAAAGCAUGGGAAAAUAUUGAUAUUGAAUUUGGUAAUAAGUUUGGCUGUAGAAGAGGAUCUAAAAAUUUACGAGAAAAAUAUGAUAAUUUGAAGCGUAAAUUAAGACGAAUGGAAAGCAAAGACAAAAACGAUGAGGAACAAACAUUUCAAAAGUUGUUUAUUGAUGAAAAUAUUGAAAAACUCUCAGCUAUAGUAGGAUUUUCAGCAGACUGUAGCUCAAAUGAUGUCGAAAGCAAUGACACAUUUGAGACUGACCCUGAAAUGAAUAAUAUGUUUAAUGCUUCAGCGCAGAGCUGUAGUUUUGACGAUCCGAUUCAAGAUUCCGAGACUGUUGAAAAGGAAGGCGAAAACAAGUAUUUGUCAUUAAAUUCAAACCACUCUGCACAGUGUAGAAAAAUCAAAUCUUCUCGAAGACCUGAUCGAAAACCAUGUUAUAGUGUAAAUGAUUUGCGAUCUGCCGAUAAACAUCGCCGGGACUGUAAGAGAAACAAAAGAGAAGCUGAAAAACACAGAUGGGAGUUCGAAAAGCACAACUUAAUUGUAAAAAAGCAAAAAUGGGAGCUUAAGGAAGCCAAACUAAAAACUAAACUUUUGCAAAUGAACUUAAAGAAUUCUAUACCUAGAGACGAUUUAAAAAGCUGCAUCAGCGCUAUAUCUGAAGAUUAUUUUCAAACAAAACCCCAAUGUCAUAUAAGAAUGCAAGACAAAACUAACGCACAAAGUAUCGAUGAAGCUCAGAACUCAAUCAACAUCGCCACAUUAUCUGCAAACAUUAAAGUCGAACCUACACUUGACAUUAUGGACAUUGGAAAUGACUGUACCAAUAACUCCAAUGAAAACUGCACAUCCAAAAGCCGAGUCGAAACGAAAACGAACAAUGAAGAACUUGGUGGUAUGUGUAAAAGAAUCAAAACAAUACCGUCGGUUUCCAGCGAUGAGCAACAACAGUGGGAAGUGGCUUUAAAGCAUGAUAUGGCCGAUACUUCAAAUGGCGCCCACAGUAGUUUUCUCGAUCCUAUCCAAUUAGUUGAGACUAAUAUUAUUUCAUCUAUUGGUGAUGAUGAUGAUAAUGAAGAUGAUGGUUGUCAAACUAGUGAGGAGUCCAUAUCCUUCGACGCAAAAACAGAUGAUCAAACAAAAGUUUCAACGCAUGAACAUGAUUUUUUAAAACUUCUAAAUAAACAUAGACUGCAGCAUUAUUGGGCUAAAUUGAAGGACAUGAAUAUUGGCUUAGACUACAUGCAGUAUAUAGAAGAGGUAGACGUUAGAGAUAUAUGUGGGCGUGAUAUUGGUGCGCGUAUACGGUUUCGUGCAUUAUUAGAAGAUUGGCGCACGUUACAUAGUCUCGCUGAAACUAUUACAAGUCCAAUAACAGUACUCAAUGAGGCCAAAAGAGUGAUUGCUGAACUCAAAGCGAUUAUAAAGCAAGCACCGUUUGUCAAAGAUCAAAACAGUGCCGUAACUUCCAACGAAAGUCAAUGCAGUCGGCAUACGAACUAUAAAAAAGUCUUACCUGAAACACCAUUCCAAUCUGUGAUAGAUUUUAAAGUGUUUGAAGAAUUGAUUAAAAACUCAGAAGAAGCAUAUCAAAAUUUGAUAACGGAAUUAACCGCACAACACAUAUACAAUCCUGUUAGUUUUCUGAAAACCUCAUGGCGUCGCAUAAUGAGCGAUCAUGUUGCGCAGCAUUUCUGCUGGACGGGCACACUAGAAAAGCUAGCUAUACGCACAUUGAGCGUGACGAAGGCAUUGAAAGAGGCCUAUCAGCGUAAAUUUGAUUUUUGUACUAACGACGAUUUCCAACGCACAAUUCAACCAUUUUUCCUACAUGCGAAAACACGUCUGCAGAAAAAACAAAACUAUGAGAAAUUAAAAGCGGCCAACAUAACAUUGUAAAGUUACAUGUGUCCAAGUAUGUACUUAGCAUUUAAGUUUAAGUUGGAGCUAAGAUAGGGUUUAGAAUCUUGUUGCGACGAGAAAAUUUCGUAAAACGUAAAAUUUCAUGAGGACUCAAAAAAUGUCGUUUUUUAAUAUAUAUUAUUUUUAACUCAGCCUCAAACGAGAAUUAUUAAUAGUAUUAAUUUGCUAAGUUAUUGUAAGAUAUGUAGAUUAAGCGCUUAAAAAAAUCUAAACUAAGCAAUUUAAUUGAAUUUACAUCAACCAAACGAAGUAUGCGAAUUUCAGUGGCGUUGAAAUAUUUGAAAUUUGUGCUUUGAACCCAGCUUCAGCAACCAGUGCGACACGUGUUAUGAAAACUGAUUUCGGUAAAUGUUCAGCAGAACGGCUUUUCUGAAAAAAUUUACUAAUUUUCACGGGAAAUACCUGAAAAUUAUUUUUUUUUUAAUUCUACUUCAAGAAUCGAUAAAACCGUUAAAAGCGUUACAUGCAGAAAAUGUUUCCAUUUCUUACUUGAUACUCUCGAUAUGCGUACUUACUUAUUGAUCGAGAUCUAUUUUCAUUUAUUUAUUUAACGCUAAUCGGCACUAUACAUCAAAUAACAAUUAUAAUUCUAAAUAAGACAUCAGGCUUAAACAUAUAAAAUUAGGAAUUAAACAAGUAACCUAGUUCGUAUGCUAGUAUUUUAAUAAACCUUUAUAACGAACUUUCUGAGGUUCUGUAGAGAUCCGCUGAAGAAGUUGACGUCACUGUGCAGAGAGUUUACCAAUCUACAGAUUCUUUCCUUUGGGCCAUUGAUUACAUAGUUUUUGUUCGAUCUGCACGUUUUCAGGAUUCAGGAUCUGUCUAAGGUUAAGCUCAUUUGGUAUGAUUUCAAAGUCUGCAAAGAUUUUUGGGGCAUCAAUUAAUCCAUUGAAGAUUUUGAAGAAGAAGAUAAGGUCUGCUAACUGCCGUCGAGAUUUCAGGUCAUUUAUUUUCAGGAUUCUUCGGACGUCUUCUGUUGAAUUGAUAUCGUUUCUGUGUCUGUUAUGAAAUAGCAGCGCUUUGCAGAACUUGUGCUGGAUUCUCUCUACUCUGUUGACCAUUGAGUCCGUGAAUGCGGACCAGAUCACUGUUCCAUAUUCUAGAAUGGGUACCACUAAUGCUGAGAACAGGCAGGUUAAUGAGCAAUUGUUCUCAAAUUCCCUACACAUACGAUUAAUCAACCCUAGUAAUUUGUAUGCCUGCGAAGUAAUUUUUUCGAUAUGUUUCUUGAAAUUUAGUCUUCUGUCAAUAGUGAUACCCAGGUCUCUGAUGUCUUCAAUAUUCAAUAUAACCAAUUAAAUUCUUUGUUAUUCCCACUGGUUCAGGUAACCAGCCACUGGGAAAGGUGUUCCAAUUUACAAAAAUCCUUGUAUAAGUUGCGACUAUAGUUUGUUCAAUUAUUGCGUUGUUGCUAGGAGUAUCGCUGUUUUCGAGCGUUUCGUCAUCAUUGUGGAGGACUUUUUGCGAUUAUUUCUUCACAUUAUCUAGCUUUGUAUUUCCUUACUUUUUUUACGUUCUGACUUUCUUUGUCUAGUUUUCGAACAAUUAUUCGAACUAUGAUGGCGUGUUUGUCGUUUAAAUCUAAAUUUAGUCCUUUCAAAGCAUAAAUGCAUUCACAGCUAAUUCAUGCUUGCUGCACUUUCUCCAUUUGCUGUCGGUUGAUCCAAUCCAGUCUACUUGUACUGUAAAUUGUAGCUGUUAUUAGCAGCAACAACAUCUGCGGCAUCAUUAACAGUAGCAAUAUCAUUCACAGCAACAACAUCAUCAAAGUAAUAAUUCGUGUAGAUUGUGGAUUGCUUUUUAAAUUUGCUUUCAUUUGUGUAUGAACGAUUAACAUUAGUGACAUUGUGUUCAUUACAAAUCGACUCUUCGAAAAAUAUAACAUCUCUGGA